UAACAGCAAAAUCCUUCAAUUAUUUAUUACUUCAAUUUCAAGUUCAAUCUCCAUUCCGAUGGCCACUUCCUCCUUCAAAUCCGCCACCAAGAGGCCUUUCGCCGCCUCCGGCAGCGGCCUCAGCCAAUCAUCCCCGGAGACCGACGCCGACUACCACAGGAACGCGCCGAGGGGGAAGUUCGUCAACACAAAGAGAGGGUCGGGAGCGCCCAUCUGCUUAGAUGAUCUGGCGCUGGAGUUCUUCUCCUCUUCCAACGAGAGCGACGAACCGCCGGACCGGAAGGAGAGGCCGGGCCGGUCUGGUUCUCGCCUUGGACGGUGGGCGAGCGAUACGGCGUCGUCUAGGAGAAGAGCGCGUUCGGUGUCCCGGACCCGUGCAAGCGGCAUUGGCGUUUCCGGUAGUUCCACUUCUGGGGGUAAAAAUGUUAUUUCAAAUGAGGUAGGCUCCGGCUCCGGCUCCCGGCGCCGGCGGUCUCUAUCGGUGGCCAGGUAUCAGAUUAGCGACUCCGAGAGUGAAGUGGAUAGUUUUCGAGAUUCAAGCAAAUCUGCCGCUGCGAAAGCUCUUGGUAGUUGGAACAACCAAAAUUCUUCGGGACGGAAUGCAACGCCUUCCAGCAAUCGGCGUUUAGGAAGAUCUAGAAGCCAUAAGAACAUCUCCAUUUUGCACGAUGGCUACUCUAGUCACCCUUCUGCACUAACUGACGAUGAUUGGAAGGAUAGUCAAUUUGGGAAAAAUGGAUUUGAGAAGAUAAUUCGAGAAGUUUAUGCUGAGAAGUGCGAUUACCCUUCGGCGGAUGCUGCAAAUGGUGGAUUAUAUGAAGUGAUGAGGAAAGAAAUCCGAUGUGCUGUUGAAGAUAUCUGCACUGAACUAAACCAGAAAAUGGGAAUUAAUCAAACAGUUCUUGAGAAUUCGCAAUCAGAAAGCUUCGAAGAAAAAGAAACAUGUCCACCGAAGAAGUCAGAAGAGAGACCGGAGAAUUUGAUCGAGGAGGCGGAGCAAAUCUUCGAGGACUUCAUCUGUAAUGUUGAAGAUGGUGGCAUGUCUUUCCUCAACGACGAAACAAGCUCGAGUUUAGGAGGGACGAUGAAGUCACAGAAUUCUGUAACUGUUGGGACUGAAUCUUACCCGGCCCCUGUCGAAAUGGAAGGCGUUAUUUUGCCAUGGCUGGAAUGGGAAACCAGCCAUGAUAGUUUUCAGUUGGGACAUACUCCAAAAGCUGCACUACAAAAGGGCAUGGUCCAGUUUAACGACGAAAGCAUGUGUUCGGUUAGCAGCCAUGGCAGCUGGAGUCCCGGUAUAUUCGAGAGCCCCCAGAUGGGCAGGAAACAGGGCACAAGUGAAAGCAGGAAUGGCAACAAAGAUAGCUUUGACAUGGGCGAGUACAAAAGACUUGAGAAUAAUGAGGACUUAUUGUUUGAAGUGUAUAGACAACAAAACAGAAUCAAAUCAGGUGGACUAUUGCUUUGUACUCAUCCCCUGUAUUAG